GAGUCCGUCCGCCGCGGCGGGAGGGCUAAUUCCGUCAGAGCGCGGUGCGGAGAGAUUGGCUCACGUCGGGUCUGUGCGUUCGCUGCGACUAGAACACCUGUCCUGUGUAAUAAAUGGUGAAGGUCCGCCUGUUGCUCACGCACUUCAGUUCCUUCCGGGGGCUCGUGAGAAGCCUGUCCUCCUGUAGCCGCGGUGCGCGUGCCCUCUGCGCGGGCUUCGCUUUUGAAGCGCGCGACGACGUGCAGCCCCGGCGGCAUCCUGAGCCUGAGGGGACGAGCAGAAGCGCGCGCGCGGACCCUCCAGUCCAGUUCGGCCUCGGAUCCGCCGCUAUGGUGAAAAAGCUACUGGUGGACGUGGACUGUGGGGUGGACGAUGCUCAGGCUAUCAUGAUGGCAUUGGCUGCUCCUGAUGUCCGGGUGCUGGGCAUCACCUGCGUUCAUGGUAACACCAGUGUUGAGAACGUCUGCCGAAACACGCUGCGGGUCCUCAAGGUCUGCCACAGCCUGGAGAUUCCAGUGUUUCGUGGAGCCUCCCGGUCCAUUCUUGGGCACAGUCUAAACUUGGGUCACUUCCAUGGCAAAGACGGGCUGGGGGAUGUUCCAGACCCAAAGGCUCCAGGCCUUGAGCUGGUGCAGAAUGAGGGUGCAGUUGAAGCCAUGAUCCGGAUUGCCAGUGAGCAUGUUGGCGAGGUGUCCCUGGUGGCCACCGCCCCUCUGACAAACCUGGCCUUGGCAGUGAGACUUGACCCCACGUUCCCUCAGAAACUCAAAGGCCUCUACAUCAUGGGUGGAAACACUGACUCUCGAGGAAACUCCACAACGUGUGCCGAGUUCAACUUUGCUGCUGACCCAGAGGCAGCUUACAUUGUGCUGAAUGACUUCCUGUGCCCCAUCUACAUGGCAUGCUGGGAGUUCACAAGUCUCAAUAAAUUAUCUUGGGAGUUCUGUGACCUGUGGUUGGCCCAGGACUCGGAGAAGGCCCGCUUCAUGGAGAAGAUCUUUGCAUACUGCAGGAAGGUGUCUUGUGCAGAGCGCUGUCACGAGGAGAUGGGAGAUGGUACAGGCUUUGUGCCAUGUGACUCCUACGCUAUGGCAGCUGCCAUUGAUGACUCCUUCAUGGUGGAGUGCAUGCAGGUGGCAGUUACCGUGGAGCUCACAGGCACGUACACACGAGGUAUGAUGGUUUUAGACCACCAGGAGCUCCUGAGUAAAAACAACAAAGUCUUUAUUAUGAAGAAGGUGGACAUGGAGAUGUUUAAGGAGCUCAUGAUGAAUGCCCUUAAAUAAAGACAGACAACUUUGGGGUUUUUUUUUUUUUUUUUAAAUGCCAUGUUUGCUGGCUUGAUUUAAUUCUAGGUGUCAAGACCUGGCAGGAAGAACUGCAAUAACAGAAACUGAGACAACUUAAGACUCUCUUGGUUAUUUUUGACUUUUAAGUUAUCGCUUUAAAAAAUUAUUUCAUGUAACAUUUAUUUAAAGUGGUAAAAUGUCCAGUUUAUAACGUGUCACAUUUCAAUAUAAUUCAUUAAUUGCAUUAUGUAGUUCUGAAUUUAUUAAACUAUGAAAACACUGUGACGUUUUUUUUUCCACAGUACACAAGUAUAAAUGGUUAAAUGGUUAAUGUGCACUUUGCAUGUUAGAAGUACCGCACUGUGGUGUAUUUUUAAAUGAAAAGAUGGUGUACAUAAAGCUGCUUGGUGCCAUCAUGGAAAAGAACAGGACAAAGUGGUGUAACAAAGGUGUGUGUUUAUACAGGCCCACUGAAGACUCACUGUAUUAUCUGUAUACCUGUUUUGUCAUCUUAAUCCUAAUUAUUUAAUUUUUCACUUUUUGUCUGUAAAUACAUUAAAACUGUCAUAAUACUGUUUUACUGGUGGUGUAAGAUGUUUUCCCAGUCUUGUGGGACUGACAUGGCGUAA